GCUGAAGAAAUAUUUAAUGGUAAAAUUAAAAACAAAUUAUUCAAUGAUAAAUAUCUUCUUCAAUCAGAUAAUUUUCAAAAAUUAAUGAUUGAUAUUAAUGCAAUUAAAUUAAAAUUAAAAACAAAUAUUAAAUGUCAUAUUAUUUAUAUUAAUAUAGAUAAAUAUGAAUUUUAUAUACAAAAUGAUAAUGAUACAAUGAUAAAAAUUAAUAAUGAAAUAACAACAACAGAUGAUAUUUCAUUAGAUGAUAUUAAAAUUAAUUCAAUGGUUAUUGCAUUAUAUGAUAAUGAACUUUGUCGAGCAAUAAUUCAAGAAGAUUUAAAUGAAAAUGUUCGUCUUUAUUUUGUUGAUUAUGGUUAUACAAAUAUUUAUUCAAAAACAUUAUUAAAACAAUGUAAUGAACAAUUAAAAACAUAUCCAUAUCAAGCUAAACGAUGUCAUUUAUAUGAUAUACCAUUAGAUAUGUUAGAUGAAGCAUUUAAAAAACUUCAUGAAUAUAUUAAAUCAGAUAAAAUUGAAAUUUCUAUUAUUAAUCAACAUGAAGAUUUAUUUGAUGUUCUUAUUUAUAUUGAUGAUGAAUGUUUUAAUAAACAAUUCCAUAAACAAUCAUUAAUAAUUGAUCAAUAUGAAACAAAUAAUGAUAUUAAUGAUCAAUCAAGUACAACAACUAUUAAAGAACAAGAAAAACCAAUAAGUACAACAGGAAAACGAAAUAAUGAAGAAAUAUUAUCACCAAUUGGAAAUUCAUUAACUACAUCAAUGAAUAUUAAAAGACAAAAAAGUGAAUCAGAGAUAGAAUUAAAUUCAAUACAAUAUCAUCGAGCUAUUCUUACAUAUACUGAUGAAAAUAAACCAAUGGUUUAUGUUCAAUUAGUACCUGAAUCGGAAGCAAUGAUGGAACAAAUCAAUGAUCUAAUUGAUAGUAUUGUUCAAGAAAAUAAACACAAUUCUUCAUAUGAAAUAGGUGAUUGUGUUAUUGCACAAUUUACUGAUGAUAUGCAUUAUUAUCGUGCUCGUAUUGAAUCAUAUUCAGAUUUAACACAAAAUUAUACAGUCUAUUUUCUUGAUUAUGGAAAUUUUGAUAAAAAUGUUCCAAAAAAUAAUUUAUAUUCAUAUUCAGAUGAAUUACAACGAUAUGACCCACAAGCUCAUGGAUAUUUAUUAGAAAAAUUAACAUCAGAAAUAUGGAUUAAUAAAAUUCGAAAAUUAAUUAAAGAUAAAGAAAAUGAAGAAAUUGAAUUUUAUUUUAUUGAUAAAAAUCAAUCAAUAAUACAUAUUAAUUUUGAUAAUGAAGAUCAAAUAUAUAAUUAUGAUACUAAUCAACCAAAAACAUUUACAGCAAAUAUAUCAGGUACAAAUAAUGAUUGUUUUUAUAUACAUAUAUUACCUGAUACUGAUACACUUAUUUGUGAAAUGGAUGAAUUAUUAGAAACACAUAUAAAUGAAUAUCAUACUUCAGAUUUAUGGUUAAUUAAUGAUUUAUGUAUUGUUUAUAAUAAUGAAUUAAAUCAAUAUUUUCGUGGAAAAAUUCUUUCAAUUAAUAAUAAUAAAUAUGAUAUUCAAUGUAUUGAUUAUGGUAAUAUACUUUCAAAUAUAACAAAUGAUAAAAUUUAUUUAUUAAUAAAUAAUAAUUUAUUAAAACAAUUACCAUUAGCACGACAAUGUCGUUUAUAUGGUGUUAAUAAUAAAAAUCAAAUAAAAGCAAUUAAAGAAAUUAUUCAAUAUAUACCACAAACAGAACGUGUUACAAUAACUGUUGAAAAUGAUCAAAAUGAUCAAUGUAUGGAUGUUAUGUUAUUUAGAGAAAAUCAUGAAAUUGUUAAUGAUCGAUAUCAAUUUGAUGAUAAUGAUAUUAAACAAAAUACAGAUACUGAUAAACAAGAUACUAUAUUAACAAAUUCAUCUGAUUCAGCAAUAGCAGCUGAUGAUGAUGAAACAUCAAAUGUUGAUGUUAUAACAAUAAAAAAUGAUCAACAUUUAACAUCACCAAUUGGUACACCUCAAGCUGAAAGUACACAUCAAUUUGGUGAUUCAACAAAUGUAACUAUGAGUAAUUCAUCACCAUCAAUGACAAUAAAUCAAACAAUUGAUUUUGGUGAAAAUGAUCCAUCAACAUCGAAUACAACAAUAAAAGAUGAUACUGAAAAUGAAAAUGUAUUAAAUUGA